GAGAUCUGCGUCCAAUUUGCAUCGGACUUUCUCCGCUGCUUCUGAUGCCGUCGCCCUGCAAACGCUCGUCGCCCUUUUAAAAAUCUCGCCCUGGUCGUCUCUUCUCCUCCGUAGCGCUAACCAGUUUGACACGGAUCCGGAGGUGGAGACAUGGCCCUUUCCGCUGCCAGAUGCCCCUCUUCCUCCGCCACCGCCGCGGCGGCCGCCGAUUCUCUCAGAUCGUCUGGCCGGCUCAGACCAGUUCCCAGAAGGGUUCUUGUGGGACGGGUGGCCAGCGCUUCCGCGAACCGAUGGAAAUUAAGAGUUACCUGCAAGCAAGAUGCUAGCAGCGUGCCAGUGCCUACUGCAAAAGAAACUCCCUCCAAGGCCGUAGAAAAUGGUGGUGUUUCUGCUUUACCUUCACAGGAAUACGGACAUGUGGUGAGUCCUGAUCCAAGCGAUGGGGAACCAACAGUUAGUAUCACCGUGGUUGGAGCAUCUGGGGACCUUGCUAAAAAGAAGAUAUUUCCUGCUUUAUUUGCACUAUAUUAUGAAGAUUGUCUGCCAAAGCACUUUACUAUAUUUGGUUAUGCCCGAAGUAAAAUGACUGAUGCUGAGCUAAGAACCAUGGUUAGCAGAACACUUACAUGCAGAAUUGAUAAAAGAGAGAAUUGCAAUGAGAAGAUGGAACAAUUCCUAAAACGAUGCUUCUAUCAUUCAGGUCAAUAUGACUUGGAGGAGAACUUUGCAGAACUUGACAAGAAGCUGAAAGAGCAUGAGGCUGGGAGGGUAUCGAACCGGCUGUUUUAUUUAUCAAUUCCACCAAACAUAUUUAUAGAUGUUGCAAAGUCUGCAAGCAGAUCAGCUUCUUCCAAGAAUGGGUGGACCAGGGUAAUAGUUGAAAAACCAUUUGGCCGUGACUCUGAAUCAUCUGCUGCUUUGACAAGUGGACUCAAACAAUACCUAGAUGAAGAUCAAAUUUUUAGGAUUGAUCAUUACUUGGGGAAGGAACUUGUUGAGAAUUUGUCUGUUCUUCGAUUUUCAAAUCUUAUUUUUGAGCCUCUAUGGUCUAGGCAAUAUAUCAGAAAUGUGCAGCUGAUUUUCUCAGAGGAUUUUGGUACAGAAGGACGGGGAGGGUACUUUGAUCACUAUGGUAUUAUCAGAGAUAUUAUGCAGAAUCAUCUUCUCCAAAUUUUAGCUUUAUUUGCAAUGGAAACCCCAGUUAGCUUAGAUGCAGAAGACAUUAGAAAUGAAAAGGUGAAAGUUCUUCGUUCAAUGAGGCCAUUGCAAUUGGAAGAUGUAGUGAUUGGACAAUACAAGAGCCACACGAAGGGUGGAGUCACACAUCCUGGAUACACAGACGAUAAGACUGUUCCCAAGGGGAGCCUUACCCCAACAUUUGCUGCAGCUGCACUUUUCAUAGAUAAUCCAAGAUGGGAUGGGGUUCCCUUCCUAAUGAAAGCUGGGAAAGCAUUGCACACCAAGGGAGCAGAGAUUAGGGUUCAGUUUCGACAUGUCCCAGGCAAUCUCUACAAGCGAAGUUUUGGUUCUGACAUAGACCGAGCGACUAAUGAACUUGUCAUCAGGGUCCAGCCUGAUGAGGCUAUAUACUUAAAAAUUAAUAACAAGGUUCCUGGAUUGGAGAUGAGAUUGGACCGAAGCAAUCUAAAUCUUCUAUACUCAUCAAGGUACUCUAAAGAGAUACCUGACGCAUAUGAGAGGUUGCUUCUUGAUGCUAUUGAGGGUGAACGGCGAUUGUUCAUCCGGUCUGAUGAACUCAAUGCUGCUUGGGAAUUGUUCACUCCAUUACUCAAAGAGUUGGAGGAGAAGAAGAUCGCCCCUGAGCUCUACCCUUAUGGGAGUCGAGGACCAGUAGGUGCACACUAUCUUGCUGCAAAAUACAACGUUCGUUGGGGAGACCUUGGUGCUUCAGAGAGUGUGUAGUUUGAUUAUUUACUGUCAUUUUAGUAGGAAUCUAUUUAAAUAAGCUAUUUGGAAAGAUGGUUAUGCAAUUACAUUACUACAAGAAUAUUCUCUCAAAGUGAUAUUUGUGUGAGAUAGAUACUAUGUUGAUCAUUUACAGUUUUGACAGUAGAUGUUCAAUGUAAUAUGUAGGUUGCUUGUCAUCUUUAACGGUUUAUUUUGAUAAUUAUGUGUAAAAUGAGUACAAUUAAAUUUGUUAAAAAAAAUAAUUGUAAAUAUUUAGUUUACUUCUCUUUUCAA